CAGGGUGGAGCCAAGAGCCAGAGGUGGCCAUGCGGCUCCACUGCGCUCUGACUCAAGCCGCUGCCGCCACGCGCCAUGACCCAUCCCACGCCCCGGCUCUCCGUGCCCGCCGCGGUCGCCCUGGGCUCUGCCGCAUUAGGCGCCGCCUUCGUCACGGGCGUCUUCCUGGGGAAGCGGUGGCCCCCGUGGCGAAGCCGGCGACAACAGCGCCUGCUGCCACCUGAGGACAGUCCCCUAUGGCAGUACCUGCUGAGCCGCUCUAUGCGGGAACACCCGGCGCUGCGCAAUCUGCGGCUGCUGACCCUGGAGCAGCUGCAGGGGGACUCCAUGCUGACCUGUGAGCAGGCGCAGCUGCUGGCCAACCUGGCGCGGCUCAUCAAGGCCCAGAAGGCCCUGGACCUGGGAACCUUCACUGGCUACUGCGCGCUGGCGCUGGCGCUGGCGCUGCCCCCUGCCGGGCGCGUGGUGACCUGCGAAGUGGACGCGGGGCCCCCGGCUCUGGGGAGGCCCCUGUGGCGAGAGGCUGAAGCGGAGUCCAAGAUCGAUCUGCAGCUGCGGCCUGCGCUGGAAACCUUGGACGAGCUCCUGGCGGCGGGCGAGGCUGGCACCUUUGACAUGGUGGUGGUGGACGCGGACAAGGGGAACUGCGCUGCCUACUAUGAGCGGUGUCUGCAGCUGCUACGACCUGGAGGCGUCCUCGCCAUCCCCCGAGUCCUGUGGCAGGGAGAAGUGCUGCAGCCUCAGAAAGGAGACAAGGAGGCCGAGUGUGUACGAAAUCUGAACGAACGCAUCUGGAGAGACGCCAGGGUCCACAUCAGUCUCCUGCCCCUGGGUGAUGGCCUCACCUUGGCCUUCAAAAUCUAGGGCUCGCCCCUAGCAAGUGGGUUUGAGGGAGGCUGAACCAGGCCCUGACCCUAAUUUUUUAAAGUCAACAAUAAAAUAGGACUGGGGCCUAUGGCCCCCAGAGCCUC